AUGCUGCGUGGGAGUUUUUCUCUGCGUGGUAUUUACAAAAUGCCAGGGCGUAAGUCACUCGACGAGAUUUGUAAGUUGAAUCUCUUGGAGGCUACCCCAGCGCCACAAGUAGCCACUAUUUGGAAUGAGCAUCACAAACAGUUUGUACAGUAUUGGGGUCGUGCUAUAUCGACAGACGCGUAUAAUGCGUUACAACCUCGUCUACAGAAAUGCCCAUAUUUUGUGAUUCCUGUAUUUCGAACAAAAGGCCUUUUUAACGUUGUAACAAACUGGGAUAGAGACCUUGUCGGUGUAGCGCCUCUGGGUGAAUGGCAGCAAAAACAAGAUAACGCCCAGAUUGAUAUGACGAUUCAGUUCUUCACAGAGUUGUCACGCACGAAGCGUCUUGUUUUAGUGCGGUGUGAGAUUAAGGAUAAAAUAUUUGUCCGUCAAGACUGUGUGUUCAUUACACAGAUGCUCCUUAAGUAUUAUACUAUUCCACGUUUGUAUGAAAAUUGGGUAGAAGUGUUUAACAAGCGCCCACACCAUUUUGAUUAUCACAUGUACCUUCGAAACAUGAAGGAUGAGGCACAUCGUGAUGACAUACGUAUUGAAGAUAAAAAAACGCAGAUGAAACUCGAUGCAUACGGACCGGUGAUUGACACUCCACCUGAUGCGAUUGCUCGGCAAAUCCUCAGUAGUGUUGACACUAAGACUUAA